AAAAAUGUGUUACAGUUCACGCAUAGAUUUACACUUCGGAUAUUUAAAAGUAUGAUAUCAUAUCUGCGUGGUCACGAGAUAAAGCGUAAUGAAAAAUCCGAGUCGCUUAAUUCACCAGAAUCAUCUACCAGACCACCAAACCUCGUGGUUAUCAUCGGUGUUAAGUUUAUUAAUAAGAAAAAGUGGCUAAUAUAUAGUGGACAAACAGAAAUUUGUAGUAGUUAUCCAAUGUUGUAGAUUGAGGCAUCCAUCCAUGUUUAUAUAUAUACACUUACGUCGGUUAACUCUUUUAUUUAUAAAUUAUUAAGAUCCGUCCAUCAUAACAAAUAAAAUGCGCAAACAAAUAUAUAAUGUUACAAGACUAAUAAUAUUAUCCAUAUUAAAGUUCAAAAAUAUUAUCCAUGAAUUAAAUGUAUUUCUAUUCUUUAACUAGUUAAUUAACGAGCUUAUAGUGAAUUUAUAGCUGAAACUAUUGUAACUUAGCCCUUUUUCAAAAAAAAAUUGUAACUUAUUCUAAAAAGAAUUGUAUUGUUUUGGUGAUUUUGACGUAUUAUUAUAGUGAUUAAAUAAUUUAUGUAUUAUAGAUUAAUAAUCUCUGCAUAAAUAAAAAGGAAAAAUUGAAAACUUUAUGCUGCAACUGCACCAGGCCGUGUUAUACGGUGAAUCACUUCUUCAUAUUUUCUUGAAAUAGUGAUCAAUUCACUUACUAUGUAUCAAAUAUAAACGUAUAUAUAUUAACAUCACCACAUUAUCUGUGCUUGCUACAACUUCUUAUAAACAUACAACAAAGAACAUCAAUGGUUUUAGUGGUGAAACGUGGCGACCCGCAAACUUUGGGAAAGCCUGGUCGAAAAGAGAAAAAAGCAAUAAUAAUAUAAAGGUAUAUAUAACUAAAUCGUUUUAUUAUUUGGGCAAUUCCAUCUAGAACACGAAAAAAAUGAUUUGAUAGACGCUGUACAACGUUACACAUGAAUGAUAUUGAUAUUGAUGGAUGUACAUUCAUAAAAUUUGCAGUAAUAUACCAUUUUCUUAUAAUAUCAAAUUAUAAGUUUUCUCCAACAAAAUACAUCGAACGUGGAUCGUGUACGCGAGAAUUUCUUAUCCAAUGGACCUCCGUAAUUUACGGGAACCUUUCCACAAUCAUUCUCCGAACUCUACACGCCCACCAUCUCAUGUCGUCACCAUCUAAUCUAAUCUGAUUUUAUUUGAUUUAAAUAUUAUCGUACAGGCAAAUAUAUACGAGAAAUUGCUUUGUAUCCUUUAACUUAACAUCCGGAUGCACAGACAUACAUAUUCAAAAUAAAAACACACUGGCGUUACAGAAAAAACACACACACUGAAACGACGUUGUCAAGGUGAAGGGGGGGGGGGGGGGGGGGGGCAGUGGUGGAGCCAGCUUGGAGCAUGCGGGUCAGUUACAUGUGUAUUUCUUUGAAAACUUGGGAAAAUAGUGCAAAAUUUAGUUAAUUAAAAGCCUUUUUUCAAAAAAAAAACUUAGUUAAUUAACCCAUAUAUGUUGAUUAUGAAUUGACCCUCCUAACAUAUUCCCUUAGCUUGGCCACUGGGGGAGGGGCAACGUUCUUGCACGCACGCGUCCACCGCAAGCGCAUGUGCACACAUGGAGGGACCCUUGUCCACCAGGGACUGACGGACCAUUCAGUUCUGUUCACUCUUAGCUCACUAAAUAAGAUUGUUUUUGUAUUCGAACAUUUCUUUUAAUAUAACUGUUUCUCUUUUAAUAUAUAGUUGGAUAAUGCUUUGGGUAUAAUCUAGAAUCAACAAAUAUAAUCUCCUUUUAAUGUCCCCUUAAAUCAAGGGAAUAUUAGCAGGGGCUUCUGCCGUACGCUUCCGAGGACAAGUAAAAACUCUCCCUCCCUGAUUACUUAAAUUAGUUGUUUAUAGGUGAAGUUUGAAAGGUCAAAAAGCUUAAUUAAGACUUCACUAUGAAGCUAUACAUUUUAAGUAACAAAAUGAUGCCAUUAUAUACAUGUAAUCAUUUGACCAAAAAAGAAAGAAAAAAAUACAUGUAAUCAUAAGUUAUAUAUGUAAACUGGUGAACUGAUACAUGAAUGUUUACAAUGGUCGUAGAGCAUGUUAAAAACAAGUUUUUAGAGCAGGACCUUGAAGGUGUGGGAUGUCUUUACGACUCUUCUCUCGUUAAGGGAAGCUAACAAAAGGUUGACUUGAAGGUGUGGGAUGUCUUCAUUUACGAAUCUUCUCUCGUUAAGGAAAGCUAACAAAAGGUUGACUUGGGGUCGUUUGCCCAAGUCAUCAGAGAUUUAUGAGACCGUUAGACAUAUGGUAAUUUUAUGGUAAUGUAACAAUUUUGAGACGGUUAUGAAACAUGCCGUAUAUAGCUUCAAUGGAAUAAUCAUACCAUGCAUAUAUAUGACCUGCAAAUAUUAUUAUGGGCCUAGUUGACUGAUUGCUCCCAUGUGCAAACUUUUGUUAGUGAUCAAGGCUUCAGACCUCAUAAGUCCCCUUUUCACAUGCUGUGUAUUUUAAUAUGAUUAUCCCAUGGACUGGAGAAGGUUGGGGCUUCAUUUAGUCUAUCUUUUUUUUGGUCGAACAUUUAUUCUAUUCUAUCUAUUAGAGAGGUUGUUAGUAAUACAUGUAAUCAUUAUAUUAGUUUAAAAAAUUGUCUGCAUCUCUUAAACAUAGUCUAAUAGCAAUGUAUCGAAUUUCAUAUCAGGUUGAAUUGUUGAAAUUCAAAAAUCUAUAUUUAUACUAUAUAAUAUUUAAUAAACAAAAAUUAAAGUAUCAGCUUUACAAUAUUUUUCUCGCAGUUUCAAGUUAAUUAGGAAAAACAAAAUUUUAGAGUUAUAUAAGGUCGUAGACCAGAUUGAAGUGAUAUUAGUGUUGUUCUUAAGCAAUUUCACCAAAUUUGACAAAACGAAGGUUUGUGAAAAUAUAAUUAAAGAAUGGCCAGUUGGAAGUUAUAUAUCUUCCACGAUAAAUAUUGUACUUAAAUAUUAAUUUAAUUCAUUUUUAGAUUCGUGGAAGCAGAUAUUGUUAUUAGACAGAUCUAAAUAAGCGCCUGCACUUUGGCAAGCAAGACUAUAACAAUUGAUCAAACAAAAACAAGAAAUUAGUGAUAACCCAUGGACUCACUCGUCUGCACUAUCCUAAGAGUACCUCAGGAAAAGCUGUCAUGUUAAGAUGAUCGGAUCUCUUGUACUAAGACUUAGUUUAACCUCGGAAAAUUAUUUAAGAUUCAAUGUGUAAAUGUUAUUUUUUUGGACGAUCACAACUGUAUGUACUUGAAAAUAAUCAUAAAACACAUUAUUUAACAUUUAAACCAAGAAGCCCUUUUACAAAAAAAAACAUUUAAACCAAGAAAACCAUAUAACACAUUGUUGCGGUGACAAAAACUUAGAAACCAGAAACAAAUUGAACCAAUUUUUACCAAAACAAAAGAUCGAACCAAAGUUCGAUUGUAAACUUAUGUACAAGUUCGAUUUUAACACGAGUUAAUACACGAGAAACUAUCUGAACUGGUUUAGUCUCUCGUCUAAGAUCUUUUCACUAGACAAAGAAGUACGUAUUGUCGAACGAAUCCUUUUGGCAUAAUAAUAUUCUCUUAGCAUCUAGUCUAUUAUUGGAUGAUUAUAGUUAUAUAAUUAGCAAGAUCGUCCUAGUAGUGUAUACUUCAUGACAUAAACAUCUAAAGAGAGAGAGGGGAGAUGGGGAAGGUAGAGGAGUAUAAGCCGGUGAUGGCGAUGAUUGGGCUGCAACUAUGUUACGCAGGAGUGACUCUUUCUUCGAGAGCUACUUUGGUUCAUGGAACAAGCCCUCGAGUUUUUAUCCUCUAUAGGCAAGCCUUGGCCACCAUUUCCAUCUUCCCAUUUCUCUACUUCUCAAGGCGAAAAUCGAGGAUAUCUUCUUUGGAUCUAAAGAGCUUUUCGUUAAUAUUCAUGGUCUCGCUUAUAGGCAUUACAAUCAAUCAGAAUCUGUAUUUUGAAGGUCUUUACUUAGCUUCAUCGUCGAUGGGAAGUGCCAUGGGGAGGAAGAGUAAAAAAUUCGGUAACAUCAACCCUGCUGUCACCUUCCUAAUUUCAUUUCUAGUCGGAUACGAGAAGGUGAAUAUUAAGAAUAUCAGAGGCUUAGCGAAGAUAGCAGGGACGGUCUUAUGUGUACUAGGAGCGAUCUCCAUGACUCUGCUUCGUGGACCAAAGAUUCUCAACUCAGAAUCUGAUUUCUCCAUAGCGAAAUCGUUGCUAGGAGAUGUUAAGGACCAGAACAUGUGGCUGAUUGGUUGUUUGUUCUUGUUCUCUAGCAAUCUUUGCUGGUCUUUUUGGCUUACACUUCAGGUUCCAAUCUCUGCCUACUACCCAGAUCACCUCUCUUUAUCUGCAUGGAUGUGUUUGUUGGGAACGAUACAAUGUGCAGUCGUCACUUUCUUCCUUGAGAAAGACCCAAACGCUUGGAUUCUCCAUUCUUUUUCCGAGUUUGCUACAUGUCUCUACGCUGUACUUGUAGCGUCAGCGCUUUCUUUUACCGUCCAAGCUUGGGUUAUAUCCAAAAGAGGCCCUUUGUUCUCUUCAAUGUUUAACCCACUCUGUACAGUCAUUGUCACAAUCUUGGCUUCUCUGUUCCUCCAAGAAGAGAUUUUCACCGGAAGCUUAAUCGGAGGAUUGUGUGUGAUAAUGGGACUUUACAUUGUACUCUGGGGUAAAGCAAAAGAUGCCAUGACGAAUAAAGAACAGAGAGACAAUAAAAACAACUCAGAAGUAAAUUAAGAUUCAUAUCGAAGAAUCUUCAAACACAACAAACUGUAAUAAAGAUUUAGAGAAUCCCCUUCUGUCCAAACAUAAAUCAACUGAAGAAAUCCAAAACAUCAACAACUAAACUGAUUCAAGAAUAUUUUAUUU